AUGAGUGUGCAGGACGACAAGGACAAAGGUUCCAAAAUGUCAACGGAAGAAGCAGGGACAAAGGUAUUUACCAUGGACUCCGGAACUGGUCUAGAACUGACCAUCUCGACAGCUGAUGCGGUUGCAGAUCCCCCAGAUGGGGGAAAGGCGUGGUGUUUAGUAUUCUUUGCUAUGAUUUUAGCAACUUUGAAGAAAACAUUCAUCGAUCUUCAGCCUAAGGUUGUGUUGUUUAUGGAAAGUACAAACAGUUCAUCAUCUGGAGGAGAACUGUAUAGUCAGCCGUUUUCCCCAAACGUGACUGUGGAGGCACAAAUAGUUGAUACCACUUAUAAGGCUCUGUAUGCAGUGUCAGGAAUCCUAAGCGGAAUUCUGACUGUCUUGACUGGUUACCGGUGGAUGGCGCUGAUCGGAAGUUUUCUGACGGCCCUGGGGUAUCUCGGAGCCGCAUUCUCCGACAUUUCUAAUGUCCAUCUCAUAUCUUUCCUGUACGGGGCACUACCAGGUAUCGGGCACAACCUGAUCGAAGUGGCAAUCUUUUCGGCAAUACUGCAGUACUUCAGAAAACGCCGACUGUUGGCUCUCCUCAUCCCAAGUGGUGGUGGUUACUUUGGAUCUGUCGUUGCCAACGUCAUGGCAACCUUCUUUUCUGGAUUGCCUGGCAUCAACAUCUGGAAGAGUUAUCUGCUCGUCCAAGCGGGUGCUGCUUGUGUAAUGAUUCCGUGUAGUUUCUUUCUGAAACCCCUGAAUGUCCGGAUGAAGCGUCGAGCAAAUCAAAGUCUGCUAUCUUUUUUUAUGGAUAUGGAUGAGCUGAAGGUGUUCCGAUCUAUUCUACUCUACGUCUUCGCGGCGAACUGUUGUUUGUGGGACGGAGGUAUCAGUGUCAUUGAGGCCAAACUACCGAGUUUCAAGGAUCAGCGCUGGCACAUCUCCACUGGUCAGUUGUUGAUGGCAAUCAUAGGAGGGGUCAGUAUUGUGGGCACCUGCUUCUCAUGCUGUAUCUGCAGUAAUAUCCGUCUGAGGAGUGUGGUCAUUGCGAUGGUCGUCUUCAGUGGAAUCCUGUUCCUCCUCAACAUGAUGGCCAGUCUGUUGUAUAACUUCAUCUAUUCCAUCUGCUAUUCCGUACUUGUAGGAUUGCUAAAAGGUUUGGGAAACCCUUUGCUGGAGUAUAUAAUGCCGCUGCUUCUCGGGGAGAACAACUCAGCCAUCGGUGCAGCCAUCAUGUCCUGUGGUCAAGGCAUUGGAAAACUGUCGAUACCAGCCAUAGCCAAUGAAAUCGAAAAGUCGACACAAAAAGUAGACUGGUGUUUUUACUUUGCCGGUGUUAUCUUCUUCGUGUCAGCUUUCGUCAUCGUCUUGACCUACCGCUUACACUUGCGUGUGACCAAAUCUGAGGUAGCCCCGGAUAACCCAGACGAAACGCCUACUCGGGAACUGGAGAGUACUGGGGUUGACUGGGAAAGGUUCUAA